GAGUAAUUCUCAUGCGUCUCCUCAAGUCACCUCAAGGAUAAAUCCGGAAAAUGUGACUUGACAAGUAGAGAGUGAGAGGCCGUAGUGAGUGUUAAGAGUAUCGCGGGGGUGUGGGUGCUGGCGCAGAUAAUACCCAGCUGGAUAAAAUUAUCAGUUUGAUUGGUUAAGAGACUCCAUCAGUGGCAUGUUCAGAAAGUGUCGCUGUGUGUGACAAUGAACAUCAAAGUUAACCAGAACAGCGCGUAUGCUAGAGAAAAUCAACUAGCAAAUAAACUAUGUGAAAAACAGUUGAAGUGUUAAUAAGGAGUUGUGCGGGUGCAAGGUGCAACACGAGGGUCUGGAGCGUGAUGGUGCGGCCCUUCACAGCCGCCCUCCUGGUGGGGGCGUCCCUCAUACUACAAGUGGCCGCCGUAGAUGACCACAGGUGCGACCUGGGGGUCAACUGUCAGCAAGACUGUAAACCCGAAAGUCCAACCUACAAGCCCCAGAGAUGUGACGAAUGCUGCGAAUCACCAGACGGAAGUGAUGAACGCAAGGACCCGGUGUUCAGGAACGACAGACUGAGAGCAAUGGAAACAGUAGUGGGAGAGCUGCGAGUAAUGACGGGAGUGCUGCUGAUGUUGGUGGUGCUGCUGCUGGUGGCCGUGGUGGGGCUCUUCCUCUACUUCACCAACUCCCUCCCCAAGCUUCACAUUCCAGUCCUCUUCAGAAACAAGAACAACAACAAUAAGGAAGCUUCACACAAACCCUGCAACGGCAUCGACCACAACUCUACCAUAGUUAGGAUUGCCAAUUAUCCGAGUAACCACUGCCCGAUAGCCAACCGGUCAUCGGUGAACAUGUCAGGAAAGGGUCCAACUGAGGAUACCGUGGAACCACCGGAGUUCCUGCCUCGUCCGUACCGUGUCCGCCAACCCUCGGAGUCUACCUGUCCCGAAGAGGGCAGCGACUUGCCUCAACACGCUUACGAUAACCUGGCGCUCUCCACCUCAACUCUUCACAACACUUCCAACUCCUCCACAGACACCUUGGCGGCUGCGGUUUCCACAAACACCAUGGAGACCACACUGCCCUCGGUGAACAAUCUUCAUUCAAUUAAUGGUGAAAUUACCCGUGUCUGAAGCUUAGAUCGAUGUUUAGGUCAUCCAUGCUCACCUCGAAAUAUAUAAGACUGAAAUUCAUGCGUACUGAAAACUGAAAGCCUAUUCAAGGCCUGGUCGGAGACCGGGCCACGGGGUCUUUGAUCCCCGGAACCUCUACAAGAUAGGUAGGUAGGUAAUAUCUGAAAUGGUUGAAGAUAUGCCUUACCUGGUCGGGGACCGGGCCGCAGGAACGUUAAGCCCCGAAAUCAUCUCAAGGUAGGGGUACCUAAACACACAUUCCACUUAAUGCCAAGAGGGUUUAGCAAACGUAGAUACAUAAUGAAGGCACAAGCCAAAUGAUAUUGGCAGCAAUUACGUCUAAUAACUGCCAUGUGUGGUGGGUCUUGUGUUGUUUCUGUAGUGAUCAACAUUGAUAAACUGAUCCAGAUUAAAGACACAUGUAUUAGACAUAAGAUAUAUGUUUUCUGUUUACUACUGUGGUGGAAAAAUAUAAUACAAUUCUUAAGAAGUUUAGCGUAAGCUGUAAGGUACUGUACAGUAUUUAGUUAUCUAAAUUCCAGUUUUUAUAUAAAAAAUGUGAAACGUCCAGAAUAAAAGCUGAACGACACAUGACAUACUAAUUCUUUAGUUUGUGAAAGAUUCAGGGUUAUACUUACAUUCAACGUUCUAUUAUAAACGCUGAAGGAUUUGCGAAUCAUAUUACAUUACUGACAGUUGACCAUAACUUACAGAUAAUCACGUUUCACCUUGCCCGUUUACUGUGGUAACUUCGCCACUCUGUUGAUCCACUCAUCACUAUAUUUACCUACUUUCCCAGCCAAAAUAAUAACCAGAUAUAUAAACCAUAUCAUGUAACUGGCACAGCACACAAGUACACUACUGCAUAGCAGUAACAUUUUGAAUUUUAAAGGAUUUGAAAUUUGAAUUAUACCAUGCUCAAUUUUCUACCAGAAAUGUAAUACAGUAUUGACAUAAUUAUAUUAGGUAUAAAUAAUAAAUUAAAAUGGCGAGACGUUUUUAGAGUUUCAGCAUUAAAGUCUUAAGAUCAAAGACAAUAGUAUUCAACAAUUAAGUUACACGAUUCUCAUUGAUAACUCUACGAUUUUUAUUGUGGUCUUUGGAUUACGUUGAAGUGUGUUAAGAAGAGGAUCUUUGAACGAGUGUUGUAAGUGCGCGUGUAAAUAUAGUAUAGCAUCUUGGCAAGAUAUAUUUUUUACAUGUAUUGUGUACAAAGGUUACUAAUCACAAAUUGUAAUAAAGAAAUUACAUAUCAGCAGGCUCUAACAUUAUUCUAUUGGUAAUCAUACUAAAUGUAACAGUGAAGAUUGUUAACAAUUAUAACAUGGUUGAUGGACAUGUUCAGCUUAAACACAAUGUUUAAUUUGACCAAAACUAACAUAACCAAGCUUAACCUAAUAAGUCUAUUACAGGUAUACCCAAAUUUUUGCUAACCUAGGAAACCUAAGCUUAAAUAAAUUAGUAAUUAAUGUAACAAAUAUAUUAUAGUUUUAGAAAGUACAGAAUAAUUUUUAAAUGGGUCAAUCUGCAAAACAGCUUUUUUCCUGCUAAGUAUAUAUAUAUAUAUAUAUAUAUAUAUAUAUAUAUAUAUAUAUAUAUAUAUAUAUAUAUAUAUAUAUAUAUAUAUAUACUUAGCAGGAAUACUAUACUACCAUAUAUAUAUAUAUAAUUACACAGGUACUGUAUAUAUGUGUGUAGCAAUGAUCAGGAACACUGAUCCAAGUAUGCAGAAUAAUCACAUAACCAAUCCUUUCAUGUUUCACUGUGGUUAUUCUGCAUAAUGUAUAUAUAUAUUAUUAAAAGUGUUAAGUUCUGUAUUAAUGAAUACUGCUGGGUAUGUGUCACAUGUAACUUUUAGUCAUACAAGACGUUUUAUAUAUUUUAGGAAAAAAUUUCAUCAAAAUUAAAGCAAUAAAAGAUAUUUGCUCAA